UAAUUGCAUAAUACAUAUACACACAACUGUUUAUUUAUACACGAGUUCAAAUUUAUUCCUUUCCUGCCAACUGGUUGCCUAUGUUAACUGCAUGACCCCCAUCUAGCGGAACGCGCAAUGUACUUUCAAAUUUGCAAUUAACCGCUAUAUUCGUAAUCUAAUUAAAUUUUAUCAAUCUGCUGAUCAUAAUAGGCGUUGCAAAGAUGCUGCGUUCAAUUGGACGUUUAUGAUGGAUGGAUGAUGAAUGUAAAGAGGUAGUAGGUAGUUUCCUUUUCAGUUACAUCUUUAGUUCAAGUGUAAACUAAUAGAGGAUGUUUAUGUUGUGUUGAAAUAGUUCGCGCCAAGAAGUAUCCGUUACAGAUUGAAAAACAAUCUUUGUUUAUCUUGCAGAAUGUGUUGCAGAAGUAUUCAAUGGUCGUCGAUGGUGGUCAGUCAUGGUCAUAGUUAUUUAGAAGAUAGGAAGUGAAUAGGAGAUAAUCAACAUCAUCAUCAUAAUGAAUCCAAUUAAUUUUGUGUACAGUCAGAACUACAUGGAGGAAAGGGAGAAGCAAUGGGAUUUCCUUUUCAAUAAAUUAUCAGAAGUUCAGGACCAUGAUGCAGCAUCGUUCAGUUUGAACUCUGUUGAAUUCACAUCAACAUCAAGCGAUGAAACGUCCGAUUCUCUAUUCGUCUUCAGUGGUGAUGAAGACCCAAAAUGCUUCUACUAUAAAAUCAAUGAUGAUCCUGCAACAGCCAAACCGCUUCAGUUCAACCAUACACUGCAGGACUGUUACAAAAUUAAUCACUGCUACUUGAUGAAAGAAUUCGUUGACAUGAUGCUGAGCAUCAGCAGAAAUGAUAACGCCAGGAUUCAAAUCAUGCUGGACUCUUACGUAAAGAAGGCUCAUGUGCAGCCCGCCAUAGAUCAAUUGGAGUACUACUGCAGCAAGCUCUACUUCAUUCUGUUCUACGACAUCUGGCUGAAGAAGACACACAAUAAUGAAACAGUUCAGCGAAACCAUGGGAAAUUUACCUCCAAAUUGCUGGGCGAGCUCAAAGAUGAAGUGCACAACCAAAAACAUUUCAUCGAUUAUUUCAAGCAUGUGCAUUUUGCGUUUACCAUAACCGAGCGGAUUGUCCAGAAAUCAAAGAAGAUGCACAAAAAGAAGGGAAAAAAGAACAGAAGAAGUAAAUGUAAUCAACAAUGAAUACUCUUAAAACUGCUUGCUAACAGCAGACUGGAAUAGAAUUUCUUUUCGUUUUUUUAUCACUACAGUUUUUUUUAUCGAAUGUGUUUACAACAUAUUAUUUAUAUUU